CUUCGGAAAGUGCUGUGUUGUUAUACUCCUUAUUUACUGUCAUGAGAUUACGUCGAGUACAGAAAGGAUAUCCACCUUAUGUAACAGUGAACCGUGAACCACAGUGAUAAAUUACAUUGGCGCGAGUACUAUUUUAGGCCGCAUUUGGAGGGUGUUAGAACGAAGGCAGAGAGCAUUGAGGGGUGGUGAUGGCUGACCUCGCCCUGCAGUGUCCAAGGCAGUGAAUAACAACUUGCGCAUGGUCUCCUGUGAAUAAGGACUGCUUCUUUCUCGCAAGUUUGUUAAAGUUUGCUUUUGGUAUACACAUCACCAGAAGUUAAAUAUUGAAAUGAGCGGAAUGCGUAACGUAACGAAAAUUUACGGAGGCAGUACUGGAGGAAGUGCUGGUCGAGUAGGCCACUUUGGAGUCAUGGAAAGGAGCCUGUUGAUGCCCAGGAUAAAGGAAGGGAUAGGGUUAGGAGACAAGGGAAGUGCUAUGAACUCACCUUAAUUCUUUCUUGGUGAUAAAUUGGAGGGGGACAAAGAAGGAUAUGAAGGAUGCGUAUCACCAUUACCUGCUGGCUUCCUUCCCUUGAAGUUCUUGUGCCGGGACGUGCGUGGUUCUGCCCUUGCCCGGCGACGCUGCGACACUUGGCUGGUAUGAUGGCGGACGAGCAGCCAGCUGGGGGGAAGACGUCGCUUCACAGCCUCUCCGUGAAGGCGGGCCAGGGAGGUGGCGCCCGCUCGCAUGUGGCCCCCAUGAGGGUGAGGGAGGAGGGCGUGGAGCGAGCCCUGAGGCAGGACCAGGGAAGCAGCGCCCGCCUGCUGUCGUGGUCGCAGCACAGCUUCACCAACAAGGGAGACAACUACGUGGCGGAAGUGACCAGCGUGCGAGUCAAGUACCAAGUCAAGGCGCAGAUCCGCGACGCCUCCUAUGUGGUCAAGAUGAGGCGCGGCCGCCCCGACUCUCACUUUGAUGACAUGGUGUUCCUGAAGGAGGGUAAGUUUUACACGGUGUUGCUGCCGCUGCUGAACGCUGAACUGACGAGGGCUGGCCAGGAGCCCCUGCGCGUGCCCCGCUGCUGUCACACAGACUGGGAGGAGCACGAGUCUCAGCUGUUUCUGGAGGACUUGCGGCUCCGGCACUUCAAGAUGUAUGACCGCAGAAAGCCGCUGACGGUGGCCCACGCCAGCCUGACGGUGCGGGAGCUGGCCAGACUGCACGCCGCCUCAGUGCUGCUGCUGGCCAAGUCACCCAAAGCCUUCCCUUUCUUGUCGUGGGAGAUGUGCAACUAUUCCCAACAGACACAGAAGGCCUUCGAGGCGCUCAUCUCCGGCAGCCUGGACACUGCAAGCGAACUGGCGCGAGCGGCGGGUCGCAUGGACAUGCAGGAGUGGUUUAGCAGCCUGGCGCCCCGCGGAGCUGACCUGCUUUCUGCCCUCAUUCAUCCUGCGCCGCCUUUUGACGUCAUCGGACACGGUGACUGCUGGGUCAACAACCUGCUGUUCAGGGAGGACAGCCGCGGCCAGCCCAUGGAGGUGAUGCUGGUGGACUUCCAGCUGUGCCGCAGGUCUUCUCCCGCCCUGGACCUCAACUACCUGCUCUUCAGCAGCUUGACUGCCAACGAGAGGUCCCGCUGCCUCACACGCCUCUUGGACGACUACUACUCAACUUUCCGGGCCGUGCUGAUCGCCGCCGGCCGCGUCCCUUCCUUCACUCAAGAACAGUUCACUCAGGAGUUCCACAACAAGAGUAUGUUUGGGCUUAUCUUCGGUGCGCUGGCCGUACCUGCCCUCAUGUGUGAUGCCCGGGACGCCCAGGAGUUCUCAGUGGCUUCCGACGACCACACUGUUGACUACGUCAUGAAGAAACGUGAGAGUGCCCUCAGAAUGCUGUCCUCUAACCCACUGAUGCAGCCUCGCCUUCUCAGCCUCUACGAGGACGUCACCAGACACGCUCCCGACUCGUCCAGGGCACCAAGAGAUCUGGAAUGUUCACAAGGAAAGCCUGCCACCGCGGCCACGUACAGCCUGCCGGAAAGCCAUGCAAGUGCUUAAUGUGUUCAUUUUGAAUGCCGCUGAUGUGGAGCGCGAGGCAGCACUGAGAUCGCGGUACAGUUUGUGGCGAGCAUAUGAAACUGUCAUGAGAAAGAAGUGAAUGUGUAUAUAGAAAGAUCUUGAAUGACAGGAACUUCGACACUACUUGUUAGAUGAGGUGCACACAGCUGAUCGUGGCGGCCACCUGGCGGGGAACAAACACACUAAUAAGCGACAACUAUCCAAAUUACCCAAGUGAAAGCAACAUCACUGUUGAUUGGCGUGUGACGUUAUCAAAAAUAAGUCAUCGAUAUUUAUGUAGGAUAACGGUUUUAAUUAAGCUUUUCGAGGUGUCAUUAGGUAGCCAGGAGCUGGUACUAGCCAACUAUUUUGUUUGCGGUUUCCGGCACACACAUCACUACGAAGACCACGCCCAACCCCGAGACAGCGGCGUACGCCCAGAAGAGUCCCGCGGUGGUGAAAGCUUCGUUCAUGUAACUGUAGAGCUGCAGGGCGGUGGCGGCGAUGAAGCAGCCGAUGGCCACGCUCACGCUCAUGGCCUGUGGGGGGAAGGAAGGUCACGACACACACACACACACACACACACACACACACACACACACACACACACACACACACACACACACACACACACACACACACACACACACACACACACACACACACACACAACAUAACCACCACCCUCAUCAUCCACUGCCUCAUGACCACGCCAGUUUCUACCCUCUUUACGGCUCCAUACACCACUCGGACCACACCAUGCACCCACAUGCUGCAGCACCACCACGCGGAAACCGUUCUCGGGCGAGGAAGGAGUGGCGCAUUACCUGUGAGCGGAUGACGGUGGGGAAGUACUCGGAGGAGAGCUGCCACGGGAGGGACUCGAUGCCGAUGUUCAUGGCGAAGAUGCACACGAUGAGGCCGAGCACAGUUAUCCACCAGGCGCCUUCUCCACUGCUGGGGUCAGAGAGAUGGCAGUAGAUGGAGUUUCACCCUCCGCCCUCCCCUCCACCCCUUCACACACAACUGUAGCGAUACCUUAUAAUAAAUUAAUAGUAUAUGUAGAACGUAUAGACAAGGAACCGAUUAAAAGAGCCUGGAGAAAAAUAACUGAGGGAAGAAGGUUGAGAAGACAGAGUGAGAUGAAGGAUAGAAUUAUGGAUGUGAGUUACAGAGGAAGGUGCAAAGGACAGAGACUACUGGAGGAGACUCGUGCAUACAUGGCGCCUACCUGAUUCUAGGUAAACGGAGAAAUUAGAACUUAGCUAGAUUUGUCAUUUGUCUUGAAGUGUCAGGAAGAGAAGCAUUGAAGAAUUGGCGGUCUGAUCAGAGAGUGAGGUUGAGUCUUGUUGUGCAGUGUCAAGAUACAUUUACUUUUGUAAUAAGGAUAAGAAUGUAGACUUUCUUGAAGUAAUCUCUGUCCACGCCAGCCAAUCGCGUAAGUGAGUGGUGUGUGUGUGUGUGUGUGUGUGUGUGUGUGUGUGUGUGUGUGUGUGUGUGUGUGUGUGUGUGUGUGUGUGUGUGUGUGUGUGUGUGUGUGUGUAAAGCUAAGAAGGAACACCAAGAACACCCACCCACAUCCACCCACACACACACACAUACCUACCCACCCACCCACACACACCCACAUCCACCCACACACACCCACCCACACACACACACCCACCCACACACACACACCACAUUGGGAGGAACACUCACGCCAUAAAUAAUAAAAAUGUUUAGAAAUUAUAGGCUGAGCUGCGGCUACUUUUGACAAC